UUCAAUUUCAACGAUGAUCAACCAUUCACUCUAUUUCCUACUUCUCAUUACAACCACUUUAUCUUCACCGCUGUCCUUCAACUUCUCCGCCAUCGCCCCCAACCUCUCCAACCGCCAGAUCAUGCUCGAAGGCGACGCCUACAUAUCCCGAGAAGGCCUCCAGGUCACCACCGACGAGAGCAGCCGCCUCAGCGCCCUUGGAACCGGCCGAGCCACCUAUGCCGAACGCCUCCACCUCUGGGACAAGGCCACCGGCAACUUGACCGACUUCGACACCCACUUCUCCUUCGUCAUCAGGGCCGAAGACCCCAACUGCGCCGCCGACGGGCUCGCCUUCUUCCUCUCUCCGGUCAAUUCCACGAUUCCGGCGAACUCCUCCGGCGCCGGCCUCGGCCUCGCCCCAUGGUCAGCCGCACAUGCUCCUCCAAUGGCCCCAGUCCCAUUCGUGGCGGUCGAAUUCGACACAUUCUCUACUUCUGAGUUCGACGACCCGCAAGGCCAGCACGUGGGGAUCGACGUAAGGUCUCUGAACUCCACCGUGUAUGCGCCGUGGAGAAACAAUUUGACGGAGGGGAAGACAACUGAUGCUUGGAUUAGUUAUAAUUCUUCAAACAUGAAAUUUCUAGUCACUUUUAAUGAGUUUAAUGUACAGCCGCCUCGGUUAUCGAGUAUUGAAUACACUGUAGAUCUCCGGACUAUUCUACCGGAGUUUGUCGAAAUCGGGUUCUCUGCAGCGACUGGAGCCUGCUUCCAGACAAACAAUGUCAAAUCAUGGAGUUUCAGUUCCACUCUAGAUCUGAAAAUCGAACGUAAUGUCACCAGCCCUGGCCCCGAGGAUACGCCUUCGCCACGUAAUGAACCCGGCCCUGACCCCGAACAGGCGGGAAAACCGGUCGGGUUGAUUGCGGGUUUAUUAUCUGCGGUGGUGGUUGGGUUGGUUUUGGUGGGAUACUGGCUAUGGAGAAGGAAACGAGGAGGGAGAAAUGGGGAGGAUGAGGACGGGGAUGUUUCGGCUAUGGAGAUGGAUUUUCAAAAGGGGAGUGGACCUAGAAGAUUCUCCUACGGAGAACUUGCGGCCGCAACGGGUAAUUUUGCGGAGGAAAGCAAGCUAGGUGAGGGCGGAUUUGGCGGAGUCUUCCGAGGCUUCUUGAAGAGUCUGGACUCGUAUGUGGCGGUGAAGCGGGUUUCCAAGAACUCGAAGCAAGGAGCAAAGGAGUACGCGUCGGAAGUGAAGAUCAUCAGCCGGCUACGCCACAGGAACCUCGUACAACUCAUAGGCUGGUGCCACGAGAAGCGUGAGCUCCUUCUGGUGUAUGAACUUCAACCAAAUGGCAGCUUAGACUCUCACCUCUUCAACAAAAAAAAUCCCCCUUUGAACUGGGAGACUCGGUUCAAGAUUGCACGGGGGCUCGCGGCAGCGCUACUGUACUUACACGAGGAGUGGGAGCAGUGCGUGGUCCACCGAGACAUCAAGUCGAGCAACGUCAUGCUCGACUCGGCCUUUAAUGCUAAGCUAGGCGACUUCGGGCUGGCUAGGCUCAUCGACCACGAUAAGGGGUCGCAGACGACGAUCCUAGCCGGCACGAUGGGCUACAUGGCGCCCGAGUGCGUGAUGACGGGAAGGGCGAGCAAGGAGUCAGAUGUGUACAGUUUCGGGAUAGUGGCGCUCGAGAUUUCGACGGGGAGGCGACCGAUAUGGGGUCAGGUGAGGACGGUGGAGUGGGUGUGGGAGUUGUACGGGGCAGGGCGGCCGUUGGAGGCUGCGGAUGUGAGUUUGGAAGGGUGUGGAGGGUAUGAUGAGCGGGAGAUGGAGAGGUUGAUGGUGGUGGGGUUGUGGUGCGCGCAUCCGGAUGACGGGCUUCGCCCGUCGAUGAAGGAGGUGGUCCGGCUUCUAGGGUUCGAAGGGGAGUCGCCACCUCAAUUGCCGCCCAAAAUGCCGGUACCUACCUAUGGUGCUCCGCCUCCGCCAUCUAGUGUUGCAUCUUUGAUUUAUGCAUCUAAUGCAACUUAUUCGUCUUCGGGUUAUAGUCAUGGCUCUACUGCCACUUCUUCUUCUGGUGCUUCUGGUGAUGCUUCUGUGGCACUAUUGCAUCAAAACCAGAGGUUUCAACAUCCAUCCAUGGCUGCUUCAAUUUCAACGAUGAAGAUGAUCAACCAUUCACUCUAUUUCCUACUUCUCAUCACAACCACUUUAUCUUCGCCGCUGUCGUUCAACCUCUCCGCCAUCGCCCCCGAGCACUCCAACCGCCAGAUCAUGCUCGAAGGCGACGCCUACAUCUCCCGCGAAGGCCUCCAGGUCACCACCGACGAGAGCAGCCGCCUCAGCGCCCUCGGCACCGGCCGCGCCACCUACGCUGAUUCCCUGCACCUCUGGGACAAGGCCACCGGCAACUUGACCGACUUCGACACCUACUUCUCCUUCGUCAUCAGGGCCGAAAACCCCAACUGCGCCGCCGACGGGCUCGCCUUCUUCCUCUCUCCGGUCAAUUCCACGAUUCCGGCGAACUCCUCCGGCGCCGGCCUCGGCCUCGCGUUCCACAACGCCACCGCGAACGUGUCCGUGGACGCGUUCGUGGCGGUUGAGUUUGACACGUUUACGAACCACUGGGACCCGGUGUUCCCGCACGUGGGGAUCGAUGUCCGGUCGCUGAUCUCGGCCGAGUCGGCGGCGUGGAGGAAUAAUCUGACGGAGGGGAGGGUGAGUGAGGCUUGGAUUAGUUACAGGUCUUCUUCUAAGACGUUUGUGGUGAAUUUUACGGAGUUUGUGAAUCGGACGGCUCGGGUUUCGAGUAUAGAGCACACUGUCGACCUCCGGGAUUUUCUACCGGAGUUUGUCGAGAUCGGAUUCUCCGCGGCUACGGGAAGUUGUUUUCAGAAAAACAAUGUUAAAUCAUGGAGUUUCAAUUCCACUCUGGACCUGAAAAUCGCGGAUACGCCACGUAAUAAUGUAACCGGCCCUGGCCCCGAACCGGGUAGCAAACCGGUCGGGUUGAUUGCGGGUUUAUUAUCUGCGGUGGUGGUUGGGUUGGUUUUGGUGGGAUACUGGGUAUGGAGAAGGAAAAGAGGAGGGAGAAAUGGGGAUUUGCAGGAUGAGGAUGAGGAUGAGGAUGAGGAUGAGGAGGACGGGGAAGUUUCGGCUAUGGAGAUGGAUUUUGAGAAGGGGAGUGGGCCUAGAAGAUUCUCCUACGGAGAGCUUGCGGCCGCCACGGGUAAUUUUGCGGAGGAAAGCAAGCUGGGUGAGGGCGGAUUUGGCGGAGUCUUCCGAGGCUUCUUGAAGAAUCUGGACUCGUAUGUGGCGGUGAAGCGGGUUUCCAAGAACUCAAAGCAAGGAGCUAAGGAGUACGCGUCGGAAGUGAAGAUCAUCAGCCGGCUACGCCACAGGAACCUCGUACAACUCAUAGGCUGGUGCCACGAGAGGCGUGAGCUCCUUCUGGUGUAUGAACUCCAACCAAAUGGCAGCUUAGACUCUCACCUCUUCAACAAAAAAUAUCCCCCUUUGAACUGGGAGACGCGGUUCAAGAUUGCAAGGGGGCUCGCGGCGGCGCUACUGUACCUGCACGAGGAGUGGGAGCAGUGCGUGGUCCACCGAGACAUCAAGUCGAGUAACGUCAUGCUCGACUCGGCCUUUAAUGCUAAGCUAGGCGACUUCGGGCUGGCUAGGCUCAUCGACCAUGACAAGGGGUCGCAGACGACGAUCAUAGCCGGCACGAUGGGCUACAUGGCGCCCGAGUGCGUGAUGACGGGAAGGGCGAGCAAGGAGUCAGAUGUGUACAGUUUCGGGAUAGUGGCGCUGGAGAUUUCGACAGGGAGGCGACCUAUAUCGGGGCAGGUGAGGACAGUGGAGUGGGUGUGGGAGUUGUACGGGACGGGGCGGCCGUUAGAGGUGGCGGAUGUGAGUUUGGAGGAGUGUGGAGGUUAUGAUGAGAGGGAGAUGGAGAGGUUGAUGGUGGUGGGGUUGUGGUGCGCGCAUCCGGAUGACGGGCUCCGACCGUCAAUGAAGGAGGUGGUGCGGGUUCUAGGGUUCGAAGGGGAGGCUCCACCACAAUUGCCGCCCAAAAUGCCGGUGCCUACCUAUGGUGCCCCGCCGCCGCCAUCUAGUGUUGCUUCUUUGAUUUAUGCGUCUGAUGCGACUUAUUCGUCUUCGGGUUAUAGUUAUGGCUCUUCCGCCACUUCUUCUUCUGGUGCUUCUGUUUCCGCUUCUGCGGCGCUAUUGCAUUCGAGAUGAGGUGAUAAUUCGACCGUGAGUCGAUCGGUUAAAGGGGUGUGGUCUUUGUGUCAUGAGAUUCUCAGUUCGUUUGAAGAUUAUGAGUUUUGAUUAUUUUGUAUUUAGGGACUUUUUGGUCCUAAACCUAAACACUAAAUCAUUUAUUUUUUUUAUUCUUUGAGAUGUUAACAAUCUUAGUAUGU